GUCAUCUGAUCAUACAUAGGUUGCUUACAAAGAAUAAGGAGGGAGGGAGAGAGAGGUAGAAAAAUGCCUGUGAUGGAGAACAAUAAGAAUACCACUGAUACAAUUUCUACCCUACAAAUUCAAGUUGAUGAUGUCAAAAAUGUUAUGACCAAAAACAUCGAUAAGGUUUUGCAAAGGGAAGAAAAACUGAGUGAGCUUGUUGACAGAACAGAUGAUCUCCAAAUAGCGGCUGAUGCUUUUCAAAAAACAUCUACAAAGAUUUCCAGGAAGAUGUGGUGGAAAAACUUCAAAAUGAUUAUAUUAAUUGUUGUUAUUUUCCUUAUUAUUUUAACAUUUAUUAUCCUCUUGGCUACAGGUGUUAUCCCAACAUGAACUUAUAGUUUUCAUGUUGAACAGUAAACAAGUCGUAUAUAGAUUUUAUCUAAAAGAUUUCUUUAUAGAUUUAUUUAUCCUUUGUUACAUUUGUAUAUUAUUAAAAGAAAACAAAAUACUGGAAAUCCCCCAAAAUCAGUUUGCUUCCUUUUCUUUUUACAGUUCUCCAAAAAGCCAUAAGGAAAUGGGUGUCAUUUUAGCCGUGUGCGCGUAGUAAAUCUGAUAGGUAGCUUAAGUGAUGUCUUGCAGAACAUGUUGUAGUGUAAGAUAGCUUAAUAAUCAACUCAUAGAACUGAACAACUGAGAAUCUUAAAAAUAUAGGCUGCUUGCAUAUAUGAAAAAAAACAAAAAAACAUGCUUUACUUUAAAACUUGGUACAGUUCCACACCUAGCCCAGCACAUGCCCGGAACAGGUAACGCAUUAGUUGGACUCUGCUCACCUAAUGUCUGUAUAGAUAGUGCGCUUUUAGUGGGGCUUUUUUUUUUUUUUUUUUUUUGGUGCUUUUAUCUAAUUUUUUCCAUCAUGGCCUUCUAGUCUAAGUAUAAAGGUGACCAUGAGGUCAUGAGUCCAUUUCUUGUGAUGCAUACCAAAAUACAGAGCAACCCAGAGCAUGGCAUGGGAAACCAUUUUGCUCAGCAUGCCACAGCUAGCCCAAACUCUAGGCAGGCCCUUGCCACCAUCCAUGGAGCCUGGGCUGCUCAGAACAGGCAGCUGCACUGGGGUCUAUGUAGCCCAGAUCUAGCUUGUAGCCAACAGUAGGUGCGCACACACCUCAGGGCAAAUGGCAGGGAAGGGACAGGAGCUGUGCUGCCACAAGGAUCGGGCCCCUUGUGGCUCCCCCACCAUCCACCCGGGCAUGCCAACAUCUUACAAGUCAGGGUUGCAGUUUUUUUGGUACUCUACCCAAAAAACAUUGCUGACCCUAGAUAGAGGGUGUUAUGCUAUGCAGUAUCUAGGGCUUCAGACAGGCGAGAUCUUCAUUCUAUAGCUAUAACAAGCACAAAGAAACACUUAAAAAGUAGGAUUAAAACUCGAAGCUAAUUUCAGUCCACUCCACUGUUUUGUCCCUUGUGCAAAUCAUUUAACCUCUGCAGCUUUCCUACAUAUCACAUUGCAGCAAUCUAGUUUGUGAAAUGUCCAAUAACUAAAUCUGAAAGAGAGGGAGAGGUGAGUUAGUCUUGCAUGAAAAAUAAAUUUUAAAUGUAGUUUAUGACUGAAACUAGCUUUUCUACAGAUCUACACUUAGAUUUCAUAGACAUUAGGGCUGGUAGGGACCUUGCAAGAUCAUCUGGUCCAGCCCCCUGCCCAAGGGCAGGAAGUCAGCUAGGGCCAGACCCCAGCAAGAUGAUCCAGACGCAUCUUGAAUGUGUCCCAAGUGCUUGCACCACUUCUGGGUGGAGUCUAUUCCAGACUCUGAAGAUUUGGACAGUAAAAGAAGUUCUUCCUUAUGUCCAGUCUAAAACUGUCUUUCAGCAGUUUAAUGAUCAUUGGACCUUGUUUUCCUUAGGGGAGCCCUGGUAAAACAAUAUUUUUCAAGGAAGGAGUUUAGGAGCUGAAACACUGUCUGGACCAGCUCUCUACAUUCCUCCUCUGCCUGUAGCAGUUGAGACUUUAAAGCUGUUAAUGGAAAAUAGCAGGUGGAGGUGGCUGCCUAAAUCCACUUCUCCAAAAAUUUCUUGGAUUGAUCUCCCUCAAGAGCAUCCAAACCUUUUCUCCCACAUUCACAAAGCACAGUGGUGGUGCUGAGAGCCAAAAUGUUUGCCAAUACAUUCCCCAACUGUGGCAACUCCUGGGCCAUCUUCUGCUCCUUGCUGAUGACAAGGCAGCUACAAGGUCACUUCUUUCCAAAAUGACCACAGACUUUGGCAAUCCUUCGCAGCCAAGUAUAAUAGUCUUCCAUGAGGGUCUUAUCUGUGUCUGAAGAUGGUUGGUGAGGGCUCUACUGCAGCUCAGAUGUGCUUCUAUGUGGGGUAGGUGGCGCUGGAUUCUUUAUUUUGUCCGACAAGCUGUUCCUGCACACGUUGAAUCUCCUUAGCCUUAUCUUUCCACCAUUUGUUCUUCAUAUCAUGGGUCCUUUGAACCUCUGCCUUGGCUUAUUGGAGAUUUGACUUCUUUUGCUUGGAGUUGGUGUCAUUUUGCCAAGCACAAAAGGCCUUGCACUUGCAAUCAAUCAACUCUUGGAUCCACUGGUCACUCUCAUCAAGCCAGCCUUGAUGUUUCCUGGUAGAUAAUCCAAGUGUCUUCAUAGGUGCUGAUGACAGUGGCUUUGAGACCACCCUACAUGCUGCUGACAUUCUCCCAUUGUUGUUGAUUGGAAUUCACCAGUUCUUUGUUCAGGCACUAGUGGAAGAGGUCUUGCUUGCUUGGGUCCUCAAGUCCUUCAACAUUGAUGUUCCAUCAGCAUUGCUUCUGCUGCAGCUGUCAUUUGGGAACCAGUUUGAGUGACAUAACUGAGCAGAUGAGUUGAUCAAUCAUCAGCUGCUAGCUCAGGUGAUAUGGAUACCUUUGUCAUGGUCUGUGCCUGGGAUUGAAUAUUCAAAUCAGGUGUCAAAGCUGAGAUCAUGAGUGUAGCCAUGAUGUCUUGUGCCUGUUUUUUUUUGGUAUUUUUGGUGGAACAAGGCCUUAGUGAUGGCAAGUCCAUGUUCAGUGCAUUUGGUCAAGAGGAGGAUGCCACUGGAGUUGACCUUACUUACUCCUUCCUUGACAAUGGUUCCAUUCCAGAGGUUAGAAUCCCUUUGGACUCUGGUGUUGAAAUCUCCGAGAAGCAGCCCGUCUCCCUCCGGAGACAUCAGAAAGGACUUGGUCAAGGUUGGCAUAGAAUUCCUCCUUGGUUUCAUUAGCUGUGUCAGAAGCCGUGGCAUAUUGGCUCCCCACCUGCUUAAGAGAGUCACGAGGCACUCUGAUACAGAACUUAUUGAGUUGGUUUAUUAGCUAAUUCUUAAGUGACAAAACCAGCUCCAUGAAGGUGGCAUUCUCCUUCCUGUUUACCAUUCCAGAAGAAAAAAAAACUGUUUUCAUGAAUGAUGCCUGUGCUUCUUGGAGAAGUUACUGCACAUCAGCUUCCAAACAGCUCUCAACAGAAUGGGACCUUGAUCCAAUGGCAAGGAAAGCAAGACAAGUGGGGAUCUUGUUCUACUGCAGCAUUCAUCUUCCUUUGCAGCCAUUGAGAUUCUAGCAUCUUCUUCCACUUUUUCCCCACCAUUGAGGAUUUUUAUACCCUUGGCUGGGGUCUGGGCAGGCUUAUUAUAGAUUCAUAGAUGUUAGGGUCAGAAGGGACUUCAAUAGAUCGAGUCCAACCCCCUGCAUAGGGAGGAAAGAGGG